GUUAGUUACCUCAAGUCGCUUUUCCUCCCGGUUCCCACAGAAAGUCGGUAAACACGCGCGUGAAAAGUGAUCUUUAGGGUAAUCCAAGCGCGGUCCAAGUUAAGCAUGGCUUCUUCCAAACGCAAGGAUCCGGCUUCUGAGGCAGCAUCCCGGAUCUUUGUGCUGGAGGAAGAAGUCAGGAGCCUGACCGAGGAGCUGAACCAGUGCCAGGCUGAUAAAGAAUUUGUAUGGUCUUUAUGGAAACGUCUCCAGGUUGCAAACCCAGAUGUUACUCAAGCAAUCAGUUUGGUUGUGGAAAGAGAAAAGCAGAAGGCUGAACUCAAGGACAGGAAGGUUUUAGAGAUUUUGCAAGUUAAAGACAACAAAAUUCAGACACUGGAGCAGAGAACAAGGGGGCAACAAGAGGAGAUAAACAACCUGGUACAGAGGAAAAUUGCUGUGGAUGAAGAAAAUGUUGCCUUAAAAAAAGAGCUUUGCACCUUACAGAACUCUCAAGAUAUAAUCCAAGAACUUAAGGACACCAAGGAGUGUGCAGAGAGGAAGGAAAAGCAAAGCAGACUGGUUAUAAAAAAUCUGGAGGAGGAAAAUGAGGGUUUAAGUACACGCUAUGCUGACCUGCUAAAUGACCUGGAGAAACUGAAGAAGCAGGACUCACAAUGGAGAAUAGAGAAGUCUGACAUUGAUGCAAAAGUAAAGACUUUGGAAUCGGCUUUAAGAGAAGCAAGGGGACAAGUGGAAGUCCUACACAAUAGAUGUGAUGACCUGGCAUCUCAGCUGGGGCUUAAGCAGACUGAAUUAACACAAAAGGAUUUGGAUGUGGCCAGAGCUAAGAAAGAAUUGCAGGAGCUGCAGAAUCUCUACAAACAAAACACCGAACAUGCAGCACAGCAGGCAGAGCUGAUCCAGCAGCUUCAGGCUCUCAAUACAGAUACACAAAAAGUACUGAGAACUCAAGAGGAUGCUCACACGGCUGAAACGAUAUCAUACCAAAAACUUUAUAAUGAAUUGACAAUAUGUUUUGAAAAACUCAAAGCAAGUGAAGUUCAGCUCCGGCAAAAUCAAGUUUCUCUCCAAGAUAAAUUAUUUGAAAAAGAACAACGUAUUGGUCAAUUGGAAAAGCAACUUCACGAGGCCUUCUGUUCUGAAUCUUCAUUACCUUACCAGACUUAUCCAGAACUAAGAAAAGAGGAAUUCCAACAGCAUUCUUUAACAGAGCUAAAAUACCUCGUAAUGUCUCAGAAGACUGAAAUAGAGCUUUUGCAAAAAAAAUUGAAAAGAACAAAUCGUUCACUGGCAAAUCAUAGUCUUUGCAGUAGAGAUUUCUUGGAUUGCAUCAGUACUAGGGCUGGGAAAAAAUACAAGAAACCACCUGUGAAACGUUCAAGGUCUCUGUCCCCAAAGAGCUUCUUGAAAGAGUCAGAAGAACUAAGGAAGCUCAAAAUAGCUGAAGGAAAGAUUUCAAACUUAGAAAAGACACUACGUCUAAAGAUUCAAGAAAAUGAUGAGUUGAGACAAGCCCAUGAAAAACGUAAGAAACGUCUGCAGACAUUACAGAUCAAUUACAGGGCAGUAAAAAAUCAAUUAAAGGAAUUGGAGGAAGGUUAUGGCAAGCCUGGAAACAAUAAGAAUGGCAAAGAGCGUUCAGAUCCGCAGCAUCUGCGUCAAGAAAAUUCUGAUGCGGUAUGGAAUGAACUGGCAUACUUUAAAAAAGAACACAAGAAGCUGUUGAUUGAAAAACUGAAUUUAGAGGAGGAACUGGAUCAGAUGAAAGUGCAAGCCUCUAGAGAUAAAAGUACAAUACAAGAGUUGAAUAUGUGUCUGCAGCAAGAAAGAGAAGAAGUGCUCCAUAAACUUGGUGAAGAAGAUGAGGUCAACCACAGUACUCCAAAGAAGAAUGUGAAAGAAAUAUCAGCACAGACAUUACAGAAGAUUUCACAGUUGGAAAGAAGAAUAAUGGUCUUUGAAAAAGAAUCCAAGAAGCUGAAGGAAAUGAAUAAAGGGUAUGUUAAGGAUAAGAGUGAGCUACAACUAUUGCUUAAAAAGCAUACAGGAGCUGCAGAAGACAGAGAAAAAGAACUGAAGAUACUGGUGGAGAAGAUGACAGAAGCAAAGAAGGACAAAUCAAAGCUCCAGUUAAUAAUAGAUGGAUUGGAGAAACAGGUCACCUCUCUGAAGAGGCAAGUGACAGAAGGAAAUUUAUUAAAAAAUGAAAAUGUGGAUUUGCAGAUUCAAGUGAAACAACUACAGAGCUUACUGGACAAAGCAAAAGCAGUCAAUUCCAAAGCCACAGUGAAAGCAGCUUGUGGACAAUGUAGGUGUAAGAAUACAGGUGCCAAUGUUAAAUUGAAAGCAGGAAAGAAAAAGAGCUUAGUGGAACAUCAGUCUCUUUGCAAUCAGUCCAUCAAGGAUAUGAGCGGUACACUUGAGAACUUCAGUAAGGACGGCUGGGAAGAUAUGAGUGAAAGCAGUGACUCUGAAAUACUGAAUUCUGAAAGCCUGGACACAAGAGCAGUAUGCCAUAUUUUACUGACAAAAAGAAAUGAACAGCAAGAACAAAAUAAGACUGAGAAUAAUAAAAUAACCCCAAGCAGCAUGUGUUUAGAAAAUGAAAGCAAAUUAUGUCAGAAGAAGAAAAACAAAGGUGAACUAAUAAUGACUUUCCCAAGGAAAAAGAUUCUAAAUUCAGCGUUCAAUCCUUACAAAGUUAACAGAGAGAGGAUAAGAAGUAUCAUGAUCCAGAAACCUGGCUCCUCCGUGUCACUUUGGGGACGCAUCACAUCUUUACAGCAGCAGUUAGCUGUAGUACAGAAAUCAAAAAGAACAGCAGUAUCAUCUCUCAAGAAGUCCAGAGAAGCAAAUAAAAAAUUAACAUCCCAGUUGCAUCUAACCAAACAGCAACUUCAGGCCAGCAAGCAAACUGCUCAGCAGACCCUGACAUCCAGCCUGACUGAGUUGCAACGAGAAAAAUCAGAUUUGCAAGGAAAAUUGGACCACCUGAUCCAGACAACCAAAGGGAGGGAAGGCCUGUCUUUUCCAGCAUCUGGCCAUACUGGAAUGGUACCAGCUACUCCUGUCAAGACUGUAGAUUUGGAAAUGAAGCAGCUACAGUGUAAACUGAAGAAUGCAAAUAAUGAAGUCACUAAACAUUCAUCAACCAUUAAAUCUUUGAAAUCUGAAGUCCAAAGAAAAGAAGAACAGAUGCAGGAAUUGCAAGAAAAGAUUUCUAGAAUGGAAAGAGAUAUAAGUAUGAAAAGGCAUUUAAUAGAAGAUUGGAGGCUGCGUAUGAAAACAUAUCAGGAAAAGGAGAAAAGCUUUAAUGAAACAUUGCAAUGUCUGGAAGAAAAGGCAAAGGCAUUAACUGAAGACUGUUCAAAUAAAAAAAUAUCCAUUGAUUCAUUAAAGCAGAGGCUUAAUGUAGCAACCAAAGAAAAGACACAGUACGAACAGAUGUAUCAGAGAACUAAAGAAGACUUGGAGAAGAAGGAGCUUAAUCUUUCCAACCUAGAAGCUAAAAUGGCAGAGACAGAAUAUACCAUGACUGAACUUGAAACAACGGCCUCUCAACAGCUUCACAGCUUAGCAAGGCAAAGUGAACAGGCACUUGAAAUGAUACAGAAAAAGUUGGUCAUGUCCAAUGAAAAAGUAGAAGAGUUUGUAACUUUUGUAAAGAGCUUAGCCACUGAGUUACAGCAUAAUGUGAAAGAGAUGCGAACACGAAUCAGAUGUACUAAAAAAAUGCAAAAAGACAAAAAAUGUGGUGGUAACAUUUCCAGAGAAUGUGUUCACCGGGCUCAGUCUUUGGCAGCAUCAAUCCUUAAUAUUUCAAAAACUGAUUUAGAUGAGAUUCUUGAUGUUGUAAAUGAUGAGGAAACAGAACAGAUGAAAAUGGAAUAUGAAAGUGACAAAGAAUGGUUGGGCUAUUUACAAAAACUUCUGGAAGGACAGUUUCCUUUUGCCUCGUAUUUAAUGGAUGCAGUGCUGGAAAAACUAAAUGAACAAAAGAAGCUGGCAGAAGAAUACAGUUCUCUGAUGAAACAAGCAGCCUAGGAGGAGCUCAUAAACUGACUUUUAAAGAGGAAGAGGGUUUACUUUUGCCUUGGAUCCUAUUCCUGGGAUUGGUGCGCAAAAACAGAUGACCUACCAUAUUCACUAGCAUCUGGAUUUGCUUCACUUAUGUAGACUAAUUCAAAUAGUCAAAGUAUAUUCACAAAUGUGUGAUAGAUACAGAACAAAAUAAACUGGCAUGUUCAUCUAACAAAA